AUGCCACAGAAAGGCCCUUCGCCGCCCACAGGGUCGCGGUCCAGACAUUCCGCCGGGCUUGCAACAAGCCGACAAAAUAAUCGAGGUGGCAUACAGAAACGUGGAGCAGCUCCACGAGUUGACAAGGAUGGCGAUCUUGCCAUGAGUGGAGGUGAUUCGGCGCCAAGACCACCGAGAGCAGGCAAGAGUGGACGAGGAAUCACAGGUCAGAUCUCGCGGCAAAACACACCAGAGUCUCUAAACAAUCGAGUCUCCUCAAAACCAGCCAAGACCGGCAUAGAUCCUGAAGCUAUACAAAAAGCAGUCCUGAAACAACUAGGAUCGAAGGCACCACUGCCGAAAGCAUCCAGAGUACGACCAUCUGCGAAACGAACAUUUGACAAUCCAAGAGAAGGAAGGCCGCCGCUGCAGCAGAUAAAGGUGUGGGGUCUGAAACAAAGCAAGGCAGCCGUGAACCCAGAUGGUGGAAUCAACGAUCUCAUAGCAUUUAUCGAAAGGAAGGCCUCAAAUCCAGACGCACCAGCGAGAGAAGCAGUCAAGAUUAAAAAGUCGCGCAUGGAGGACGAUACUUUGAUUGUAUCUUUGCGGUCCGAGGAUGUAACUAAGGUCUUAAGGAUUAACAACUUCCUGUUUGCUGGGGCGAAUCUCAGGAUUGAAAUCGUGCCUGAACUCGACGGCUCAUCAGGCAAGAAUGACGAAACGGAAACUCCACAAACGGUCGAUGUGCUUCGAGACUUUCUCAGUCGUCGGUAUAAUGCUGAAAGUAAGCUGCUGGACCUAUCACAGAUGGGAUCGGAUGAGAAGCUCCAGAGUAUUGGCAUGUUCAACACCACCUCACGGGAAUCUAAAUUUUUUCCAGCAUUGAUGAAAAUUUCCGAUAGCUUUUUCACCUCCAACAAAGACAAGGAAGAUGCUGUUGUCAGUGUAUCUCUUGCUGGCAACGCACUCGUCGAUCUCACUGCUGUUUCGGCGCUCUCACAAACCUUUCCCACAAUCAAAAAUUUGGAUCUUUCAAACAAUCAACUUCCGAGCUUGAAAGCUCUGGACGCGUGGCGCUGGAAGUUUCGCAAGCUAGAUUACCUGCUGCUUUCAGGGAAUCCUAUUGAACAGACAGAGCCAAACUUGCAGGAGGAUCUACUGAAAUGGUACCCAUCAUUAACAAUUUUCAACGAUGAUGUAGUACGAUCACACCAGGAAGUUCGCGCUCGUGAUAGCAGCAAGCUACCUCUCGCGACACUAGGACCUAAUUUUCGAGACGAAGCAUCUAUAGGUGAGAAUUUUGUCAGGCAAUUCUUCCCGCUUUACGAUUCAGAUCGAACAACUCUGGCCAACGGAUACUACGACAGCCAAUCAGCUUUCUCUCUUAGUGUAAACACCUCUGCACCGAGAGACCCAAAUAAGGACGCUGCUCAGCAGGUAGCGAGUUGGGAGCAUUACAUCAAACGCAGUCGAAACCUUGAUAGAAUCUCACACGUCUCCGGUAAAACGUCACGCCUUUACACUGGGUCUCAAAGCGUGUGCGAAUGCUUCAACUCGCUUCCUAGAACUAAGCACCCUGACCUCCUCACCGAGCCUCAGAAAUGGUGUAUCGAAUGUCACGCCAUACCUGGGCUUCCCGACAUAUCUGGACAGUCACCGAGAGGGGUUGGUGGUCUCAUUGUGGUGAUCCAUGGUGAAUUUGUUGAGCACGAACUUCCUCCAGGUCAGCCAAAAAUAAUCCGAAGUUUCGAUCGGACCUUCAUCUUGGGCCCUGGAAGUGGCAUUGGCGGGUUGAGGGUCGUCUCCGACACUUUUGUGCUCAGAGCUUAUGGGGGACAUGAGGCGUGGAGGCCGGAAGAAUCAGAAUCAUUACAGCAAGGCACUAUGUCUUCGGCAGGGACUGGAGUGCAAAGAACGAUAGGACCAGGAGAAGCUAGGGUUCCCAACGGUGGAAAAUCAGCUGAACAAGUGCAGAAGGAAACUCUAGCGGUUGAGCUAAGUAGAUCGACAGGAAUGACUCUGAAAUAUUCGGCUCUGUGUCUCGAGCAGAGUGGGUGGAAUUUGGAAGGAGCAGGCGUCACUUUCGGUCAAGCUAAGGCGAACCUCCCGGCGGAAGCUUUCAACAAAGCAUGA